UCUUCUAAGCCCUGGGGGCUUCCCCAGGCCCCAGCCCCGACCUAGAACCCGCCCGCCCGCUGCCUGCCACACUGCCGCUUCCUCUAUAAAGGGACCCAGGCGCCAGCGCCCAGGACCCCGCACAGCAGGUGAGCCUCUCCUCCCCAUUCCCUUGGGCUUACCAGGAGCAGGCAUCCCUCGGGAUCCAGGGGAUCCUGCCUCUUCACUUGGGCCCCAGCCCUUCCUGUACCAGCUGCCUGGUCCCCAGCCUUAUUGGGUCUGGUCCCUGUGGCUUUGACUUCUGGUCUGUCCCUGUGGUGUCAAACUCGGUUGUCUGUCAGUCGCGCUCUCUGUCCCUGUCACCCAUCUGGUUUCUCUGUGGUUCUUUUCCUCUUUCAGUCUCUUUCUUUCUCUCUGUAACCCUGUUCACUUCAGGAUUUCCCUACUUGUGUCUUGUCCCCAUCUCUGUCUGUCGCCCUGUAUCUCGGGGUAGCUGUCUCAGCUGGGAGGUCAGAUCUGUCUUCCGCUGUGUGCCCCGCCUCCCCAACACACUGUCUCCACAGGUUAUCUCCAUGACACCGCUUGGACGUCUCUACCUCUUGAGGGUGCUUGGCGCCCCCGCUGUCUUCCUUCUGGGGCUGCUUCUGGCCCUACCUCUAGGGGCCCAGGGAUUCUCGGGUGCUCGCUUCUCCUCUGCCAGGACAGCUCAUCAGGCCCCUCAGAAGCAUUCCACCCAUGGCAUCCUGAAGCCUGCUGCUCACCUUGUUGGAUACCCCAACAAACAGAACUCACUGCUCUGGAGAGAGAACACAGAUCGUGCCUUCCUCCGACAUGGCUUCUCUUUGCACAACAACUCCCUCCUGGUCCCCACCAGUGGCCUCUACUUCGUCUACUCCCAGGUGGUCUUCUCUGGGGAAAGCUGCUCCCCCAAGGCCACGCCUACUCCCAUCUACCUAGCCCACGAGGUCCAGCUGUUUUCCUCCCAGUAUCCCUUCCAUGUGCCUCUCCUCAGUGCACAGAAGUCCGUGUAUCCGGGGCUACAAGGACCAUGGGUACGCUCGAUGUACCAGGGGGCUGUGUUCCUGCUCAGUAAGGGGGACCAGCUGUCCACCCACACGGAUGGCAUUGCCCAUCUACACGUCAGCCCCAGCAGUGUAUUCUUUGGAGCUUUCGCUCUGUAGAAUCUAGAAGAACCCAGGAGUUGGUUUCCAAGCUUCCAUUCUGACCAUUUUAAGGGUCACGCCACCUCUCCUUUGCCCAUGCCCACAGUCUCAAGCCUUCCCCAACAAAGUCACCUGGAGCUUUCACAGAAGGAGUCUGAGGCACCCCAGGGGAACCACAGCUCUCCCAGGGCCACCCCAGAUGCUCAGCUGAGGAUUCAAGCCUGCCUAGAAGGUCCUGCACAGAGCAGGGUCUCUGUGGGUCUGGGUGGGCAGAGACCUGGUUAUGACAGAGGGACAGAUUUGGGGAGGUGCCUGGCGACAGGGAACGGGAGACUAUUUAUGAAGGGAAAGGUUAAGUUAUUUAUUUAUGGAGAAUAGAAAGAGGAAAUAAAUAGGCACUGGAUGGCAACUAAAUCCCAGACACAAAGAGUGAGGUGGCAUCGGGUCAGGACUCAUCUAAGGGAGAGAGAAGCAGGUGUGAGUGACCAAGGGGUUCAGAAGGACACACAAGGCUCUAAGCACGGUGCUUGGCUAGACGUCCUCAAGGAGCCAUCUGCC